AUGGAAGAGCAAACUCAAACUGUUAUCGAACAAAAUGUUAAUGUUGUUGAUACCUCACCGACUGCUACUUCCACACCAACUGCUGCUCUAACAGCAGCCUCAACACAUAUUCAAGCACAGCAGAUACAACAGCAGCAACAAAAUCAGCAUUUUAUGGAAAAAUUUUGGACUAAACAACUUUCUAUUGCAGAAGAGUUUGAAAGUGAUUUCAAAAAUCACCCAUUGCCUUUAGCUAGAAUCAAAAAAGUAAUGAAAAGUGAUCAAGAAGUCAAGGCGCCAAUCAUAUUUUCCAAAGCAUGUGAAAUUUUUAUAUCAGAAAUUACCAUGAGAGCUUGGAUUCAUGCAGAAGAAAAUAAACGUCGUACACUGCAGCGAAGUGAUGUUGCAUCAGCCCUUAGUAGAUCUGACCAAUUUGAUUUUUUGAUAGAUAUAGUUCCGAGAGAAGAGGUACCAAAAACUGUAAAUAGAAGACCUAAGGAAGAAACCGAUAAUGAAUGGAAUUAUGUGAUUAGUAGUGAUGACUCAAUACAUGAAUUGUUUAAGAAUGAUUCAAAAAAUUGGGUUUGGCAAAGACCUGAUGAAAAAUACAAGAAAGAAAGUGCAUUCAAGACUAACUGUCCAAAAAUCAAAAUGGGUAAUGUUUUUUGUAAGGAUGAAUAG